UGACAGAACGUGCUUUUAUAGUAUACAAUUGCAAUUGUAAUUGUUUUCUAAUCUGUAAAAUAAUAACAUCAUUUUGCAAUAGAAAACAAAAAAGCUGAUGACGUUGCGCCAAACCCAACAAGUCAGACGAUGAGCGAUAUUGAAGAAUUAGACAGCGAAAGCUUUCAGGAGCUGGAGUCACUGUUAUAUGCCAAUAUACACUACAAUGACGUUUCAAACAAUAAAAUGGACGUAGAUACUCAAAAUAUGCCACCACCAAUGCCACAAAUAAUAGGACGCACUGUGACCGAAACACGUGUGGUCAAUAAGCCAGUGGGACAACAGAAGGGACGCUAUUGGGUUGAAAACACGACUCCGACAAAUAGCAACAAUACCAAGAGUGCUACAGGUUCAGAUACAGCAAUGGCCGCUGCUGCAGAUACCACCACCAAAGAUGAUGCAACAAUUAGUGUGGAGAACGUAAAUAAGUCAAUGCCUCCGCCUCCGGCUGUUAAAAUUCCAGCAAAAAGUCCAAAGACCAAACAAGCAGUCAGUAAUAUUCCUAAAAAUGAAACAAACAACACAAAGACUCAGCAGCAGUGGCAACAGUUUCAACAAGUGAAGAAACAGCAGCAACAGAAAAAACAACAACAGCAGAUAGUACAAAAAUCUAAACCGCGGCAAACCACAAAACCUCCAGCCUCUUGCACCAUUCUAAAGAAAAACUUAGAAGAACCAGAGCGCUUUGACCAAAGACUAUUAAUUGCCAUACCACCAGGAAGUCCGCCGAGACGCGUCAAACGUGAAGGCCCAGUUUCGGGACCCUUUGGCAAAGAAAGUCGGAAGCUCGAGCAACUCCAACGUAUAGCUCAGAAGAAAAUAAAAUCCAAACAGGCGCGCCUCAAAAAAGACCAACAAAAACAACAGCAACAGAAACCUGUGGAGAUUGUGAACUUGGCAGACAGCGAAAGCGAUGUUAAUGAUGGCAACGACGACGACGAUGAUGAUGUGGUUCAUGUACCUUUGUCGCCACCCCCGAUUAUUGACGUGGAUGCCAGCGAUAGUGAAGAUCAAACGGCAAAACCAUCGCAGCCCUACAUUGAAGAGAAUGCCAUGGAUGCGACGGAUGUGCAGUUAGGACUUGUGUGUGAUGUGAGCGCUGAGCAAACAGCAGCAGCCCAGCCACUUAACUCGCCUUGCAACUCAGUGAUGUCCAGCGACGAUUUCAUCGUGCCCAAAGAUAAAAGUCGCCUACUGGCCGACCAGGCAAGAGCUACGGAUGAAGAUUUAUUAAUGCUGACCGAAAAUGCUAUGAGAGAAAAAGAAGAUGUUAAUGCGGAAAAUUUGGAAAACGUGCAGCAGAUCGAUGAUAAUUCAUCGGAAGAAUUUGUUCCGCCCUCACGACUAGAAGAAAUAAAGAAAAAUUUUCGCGUUGACGAAGGUCAACAGUUUCGUGCCUUGGAUGUAUACGAGAGUGAAUCCGAUAUUACAGAGAGUGGUAUUUACUCCAAGGGCAGACAGAAGCCAACCAUUAUACGUAGUGUAGACUCCCCAUCGGACGACACCGAUGUAGAAGAAUUGGUGGAACCGAUACUCAAUAAAACAAAACGUUUGCGUAAGCGCCGUUCCUCAAGCACCAAUCAAAGUCAAUCGGAACCGAAUAACGACGACAACAAUAACGAUAAUAAUAGUGGCUUUGAGACAGAUAGUGAUGAUGGUGGUGUGCAUGUAACUGCAGUUCCAGGGAUUGCUCGUGGUAUGGCUGUGGAACGUUGCAAGCGCAAGAUACGUGGGUUGCGACGUACUUCGGAAACUGCCGUAACAUCGACAGUUAAAAAGCAAAAACAACGACCUAGUCGCGCUGAACGAAUUGACGACACUAGCUCCGAAUCCGGAUCUGAAGAAGCGCUGCCCACUGCUCGCGAUAUAGCUGAGCGUUCCCUAAAGCAAGAGCAACAGAAAACCAAACAGCCACAAUCUCAGUCACCUAAGAAUGUUAUAGAUGCAGAUUCAAUGGGCUCCGGGUCAGAAACGGGAGACGAACAGGAGAUACGAGACGCGAUUACUGACCGCAUUACUGCCGCUUUUGAGCGCAUCGAUGCUCAUACCCGCGAGGUUACACGACGGCAAGAGGCAGCGCUCCAAGGACGUGAUGUUGUUGAGUCAAGCGAAGUGGUAGAACAGUCUGUUGAGAUGGUUAAUAGCAGUGAUGAGUCAGUGGAGGUGAUCGAAAGCGAUGAAGCUAUUGAAUGCGUAGCACCUGAUAAUUUAUAUGACAAUGCUGAAACAAAGCAGCAGCCGCAGUCCCUCAAGGAACUAGAGGACAUAGUAGAAAUUAAUGGCCGUGAUUUGGUUGGCUGGAAUGACGAAAUGUGUCGCUUCUACGACAAAAGCUGGAAUGGGGAAAAUUUUAAUGUGCAGAAAAUACUAAGGACCAUGAAUCAAUCAAGACAACACUGGAGGAUUAAUACCGAAGAUCGCUAUCCCGUCAAUCAACACCGUUCCAAAAUGAAGUGCAACAACUGCUCUGAGAUGGGUCACAUACGCGCCAAGUGCCCGCGUCCACGUAGACCAACAGUUUGCAGCAUGUGCGGCAAUAUAGGUCAUGCGGAGCCCCGUUGCCCCAAUGCCAUUUGCCUGGGGUGUGGCUCCAAGCAAACGUUCUAUGUGCAAAAAUGCAACAAAUGUUCAUUCCAUAGUCGCAUUGUGUGUCAACUAUGCAAGAUGCGCGGCCACCCCACCGACAUUUGCCCCGACAAAUGGCGUCGCUAUCAUAGCACGAUUCGUCAAAAUGUAGCGCUCGAGAGCAAAGUGCAGUACAGGACGAAGCAUUGCAGUAACUGCGGGGCACGUGGUCAUCUAUUCGAGACUUGCCGUUCAAGAUACGGCGAAUUUCGCAAUACGAAUUUCACCAGCAGCAUUGUAUCACAUCAGAAAUCGUACAAGGACCGCAGCGGCAUCUUUGAUGUUCCAACCACUCCCAAUUCGUUCUUGUCUGCUCGAAUCACACCUUUUCAUUUUGCCUGGAGCUUAGAAAUUAAGAGCAACAGUUAUUAUUGGCGCUUUCUACGGGCCGUGGGCCUUGGACAUACAUUAAAUAAUAAACGAAAGGCGGAGGUGCUGACCCUGCAACAUAAGAAAUGCAUUAAGGAUUAUGUUCCUAACCCGCUGGCCAAGGAGGCGGCACGGACAGUUGAAAAGAAAACCCCGACUGUGAUACCUAAAGAGGUGCCGUCGACUAAAAGUGCUACUAAAAAGGUGCCAGCUUCUACAACAUUGAUGGAAUCGGGUACAUUUGUAGAACAAAAGGCGACUAAAAGCAAUUCUCCGGCUCCGCCUACCAAAGUCAUAUCUUCUAAGCCCACCCAAAUCGACGGAACAACAAACAAACCCAUUGCUUCCGCUCACGACAUAGACUCUGAUUCCAAUUAUAGUUUCUCUGAUCAUUUUGAAGUGUCCACUUCAUUGUCCAGGGAGUGUAGCGCUAAAACGAUUUCUGCUCCAGCAUCAUCAUCAGCGUCUGGUAAAUCUCGACCAAUGGAAGCCUUGCCCGACAUGAUACCUAUAGGCAAUGAUGAUGAUGAUGAUAUGUCGGCCGAAUAUGCGAACAACACAAACAACAACCAUCACGGCCAGAAAAAUACGGGCAUCUCCAUGUGCGUCAAUAACAAACGAUCAGCUGGAAAUAGUAAAACACCCAAAGAGUCCACCGAAGCUAGCAUCUGCUUGAUGCCUGAUGUGCCAACGGAAGCCAAAAUACUCAUGUCACGCGAACAAAUUGAGUAUUUAUUCAGUCCGGAAGGAAGGGAAUUUCUCAGCAAUGCGGCCAAACAAUGCGAUGUGCAGGUACGCAUGGAUUUUAAAGAAUACGGCUAUGUUCUUGUUAUUUUCGGAUUAAAAAAGAAUCAAGAGAGCUUGCAAUUGAAGCUCUUGCAUCGCCAUCAGGAUGUGAAGCGCAAAACAACCGAAUUCCAGAGCCAAAAGCCGCCAAAACGCAUAGAUGUACUUAUUAAAUUUCUACGUGAUGGUAUCAACAGUUUGUCCAGUUAUAUAGGGAAUGCUCAGAACAUAUACGAGCGCAUCAAAGAACUGGAUGGAAUGAAUACGAAGAAUGGAUUCAAGCAGGCCGAACGCAACCGGCGUCUGUUGAAUAUGAUUCUACUAGGACAGGCGGGUCUACGCAACGGCGACACGCACUUGGAUCAGCUGCUGCUCAUAUUAAAACGCCUCUUGGAUCAAUCGCCCGAUGAUAAUGCGACGCCCGCCUUGCGCAAUGAAAUCGAAGAUCAUUGGCGUAUGAUAUUUACCGCAUAUCCUCAUAAUAACUAUGAGGGGCUGCUAGCCACUUAUGGCAAGCUGGGACUGAAAAAUCGUCUUCAACAAAUGGACAUAGAUCCGGUGUUGUUGGGCAGACAGCCAGCAGAAAGGCGAGAGCCAUCUCCACAGCCGCCACCACCACCAGUUAUUUCGCUUUCGCAGGAUUUAUCGAGCAACAAUAGCAACUGUAACAUAAAUAGAAAUCGCACAAUCGUUGGUACGCCACGCCCAUCCAAGCAACGUCAAAUGCCAUAUGCAAGACCGACACCACCUCAACCACCUCCGCAACAACAAAAAGAACUACAGCAGCCCACUGUAAACUUGGCUAAACGCGCCCAAGCUUUCAAGCAGCCACCGCCUUUCAACGACCCGUUGCAGCGUGCCCGUGCUAAUCUUAAGCUACACAGCAAGAUGCAACCAGAGUGCUUUAAAUUGCUUGACCAGAUGGAAACCACAGCGUCACACAACACCGCCAUUAAUUUGGAUGCUAGGAAACCGUCAAUGUUUUGGUCGCGCGAAUCACUCAAAUAUUUAGACGACUUAUUCAAGAUGACUACCAAUCCAGACACACUAGAGCGACUGCGGCGUGUAAUGGAGAGGUCGCAACAGGGUCAACUGUCGCAUAAUGAUUAUCGCGCCGUCAUCAAAUUGCACUCACUUCUACAGUCCAACUGAGAGUUCUGAGGACUCUUCGUUUAAGGUGGUGCUUCAUUUUCAUUGUUAGAUAAAUAUUAAGACUCUAUGAUUUCAUGGGUAAUUCCAAGACUUUACCCAAUACGAAUAAAUGGAUUACUAUGUUAAAAUUAA